AGCUCAGGAUGUUAUUUUUUCAAGCUAGAAGGUAUUUUUGAUCCGUUUCAUAUUACCGUGACGGUAAAUCAUCCGGCCACGAUUCUAAUUGGUGCAUCUGUAUUCCACGCGCCCCUUCGUCUGUUUUGUGUUUUGUCCCGAACACGUAUGUCGUGGUUUCUUUACCCAACAAGCGCGAGAAUUCACGUCUCGUGGUCGUCAUUCGUUGCAAACCAAACACAAGAACUACAAAGGUGAUCUGAUCAUCUCGACUGGUGAACAAGAGUACUAGGCUGCUACACCGCCGGCAGACCCCCACCCUCGAAGAGCUGGCACGAUGAAAUAAAGAGGACCCCCGAUAACGAUAAGGAUAACAACUACUUACCUGCUGCCGUUCCAAACCCCAGCUUCCGCCCGCACAAUGUCUUCCGGCACCACCUCUUACGCAGAAGUGAAAAAACGCACGGGCGGCGUCCGGCAGACCGCUCCCGUUUUCGCGAAUCAAGGGGGAUUGAUUUCAUCUCCCGAGGACCCCCGCACCACCGCGACCGUACCCCCACCGCUGCAGCCGCAGCAGCUGCACGGGAAGUCGGCCCCGGCGAGCUUCACGGCCGAAGCGUUGGACACCGGCGCGUUCACACUGUUCACCCCAGAGCAGCAUCCUGUUACUGCCGGCGGGGAUGUUUCAUCACCUUCUGCCGGGACGCAGCAGGCAGAUCGACACGCGGCGAGCACUCUGGACAGGAACUUGGCCAGCACACUGGAUCGCACGCUGUCGGCGAUGAGAAAGGGUAAGUAAAAGUAAGUACUACUCAGCACGUAGGCGAAGAUCAUGACGAGUGGUUAUGCGAAGACCAGAUGUCAUCAUGCUCCGAUCUUUGAUAUUCUUGCGUUUGCGAGUCGACAGCCGAGGACAUUGAUGUCCUGUACUUACUACUUUCACUAAACAACCGUGAUCAAAAAUCCAGAAUCCGACGGCGCCGUCCCGUCUCCGGGUGACCGCGACUGUCCACCGCCACCCAUCCGGAAACCCCGGAACUCGACCGAGGACCCGCUUCUUCCCACCAUGUCCGUUUUUCAGCUCCCCGAGACGGAGUACGAACGAUGCAAACGCACCGGCAAACUCCGCUACCUCCGGUCGCCGGGCGGCAGACGCGCCAGCGCGCCGGGAGACAUGGAGGCAGAAACCUUCUACUUGAACGGAAGUGGCGGCGGUGCAGCGAAAAGCGCUGGUGCGGCCGGGAAUCAGCAAGCAGGCGCCACGACAAGCUCUUUCUCCGCCUCUUCCAGCAGUAAGAGGCCGGAAGAACGACCUGCCCCGGUGGGGGCUGCUGACCAGCAACCGUCGAGAAAGCCCCAGUUUUCCCCAAUGCGUGCCACCACCGUCGAGGAGAUGCAGCAGCUGCAGGAAGCCGGGGUGGAUCGAGCAGGGGGUGCUCCUGCGAUUGUGUCACCUCAGAAGGACACCAUUUUUUGGAAGAUGACCGAGGAGGGAUAUCUUGAGCCAGCGGACACGGAGAAGGACAGAGAUGAUGCGGUAGUGCGAUAUAAUUAGCUGCGCUUGUUUGUGUUUCCGUAUUUGACAUGAUGUCACCAAAAGUGCAAAGGUGUUGUCAUUGACAAAGAAAGUAGGACGAGACAUUCAGAUUCGCAUUCAUGCAACAUUAAUACUAACAAAAAACGCACCACAGCCCCGGUCGCGCGCCUCUGCGAGUCAGUACGUUUCUCCCGACGAGUUGCUCCGCGACGAACUGAUUUCCGGGAUGUACAGCAGGGCGAGCACCCUGCAGGACGAUGAGGGGGAUAGCAUGCUGGGCAACCUCCUGUUCGCAACGAUGCAGUCCUGGAAAUGGCACGAAGGUCCCGGCGGGCAAGGAGACGAGAUCCCGCUCCGGUUCUGAUGACCACAACUACCACGGGCAGACACAAUAAAUAUCGCGAUUUCGUUUUCAGACUUAGAUUUUGACUUUAACUUUUAUCAAAAACAAUAAACAAUAUCCUCGAAGAUAGCAGAAUUAAUCGAUGCAUUGCGGGCCCUUUCCAUCUUUCCCCUUAGCUUAUGAGUAGUUUCCUCGUGGUUUACAUGUGUAGAAAACUGGAUACUGCAGCAGUCUGCACCAGUCAACGCUCCGAAAUGCAUUUUCUGGCCUGUAGUUGUUGUUGAGCUGCUGGAGAAUCGAACAGCAACAGCAAGUAGUAAUAGAUGUCCCUGUAGCUACAACGCGAACACAUUCGCAGUAUUGAAAUAGGGUCAUGCUGACAACUAGGUAGGGACAAGAGGUUUCACUUGUCUCCACCACUGCCUGUAGAAUAGUGCAACACAAAAUAAAGAAAGCCGAGGCUGUCGUCCUGCAGGUAGCAACAGGUUUUUUUGCUAGUUCCCAGAACGAGAACAAAAGAGGCACACAAAGGGCGUCUACUUUCGCGUUCUUUCAGGGGCAGUACAAUUACCUAGACGAGCCAUUGAUCAUACCUACUCAAAUGGUAUAGUGCUAGAGGUCUGGUAGCGCACCCGGCCGGGCGUAAACAUUUUUGUAACAACAACAAAGAAUGUGAGUGGUCUCGUCCCGAAGAACAGCGUUAAGAUUUGCGUUUCAACUAUUUUUCUUUGCACGCAUUGAAAUCUAUCCAUUUCCAUUUCGAGAUGAGGAAGCAGCGAGAGUUGGAUCGCUUUUUGCCCCAAAGGUUGAAU